AUGCCCUCCAAAGCCGCAUCAGCCCGCACCGUGUGGGACGAUACUACACGGACCGACCUGCUGCAGGCACUUAUGGACGUUGCCGCGCCCACUCCCGACGAGUGGCACGCCAUUAUGGACGUGUGCGUUUUUGAGUUCGAACACAGAGGAGGAGUAGGAGGAGGUCGCCGCGACGGCCAGGCGAGUCCCAGAAUUGGCAUCACGGUGGUGAACCUGGCUAACAUGGCCAACUACAUCGACCGACACCACGACGAUGAGUAA